AUGGGAUGUUCUUCUCGUUAUCCGCCGAUGGGUAAUUUCUUUCAUCCAACGGAUAGGGAAGUGUUGAAGUAUCUACUAGCGUUUGUGAGAGACGAGCCCCUUCCAUGUCAGAACGAGCUCAUGCAACAGACCGAUCUUUACGUGGAGAAGGAACCUUGGCAGAUUUUCGACGCUUAUGAUGAUCAUGGCACCAACAAAACUCGUUACUUCAUAACACCGCAAAAGAAAGAGAAGUCAACGUGGAGAAGUGUUCCACGAACUGUUGGGAAGGGCACUUGGAAACCUCUAUGCAAAGGCCUAGCGGUGUUUGAUGAUAAAGGGAGACUCAUGGGCUUCGUGAAAAGUUUGAAGUAUAUUCCCGCAAACAAAUCAUCAAAUAACGUUAAUGGCGAGUGGUUCAUGACUGAGUACUCUUUGUACGGUUGUUAUGUCGAUGCUAGGGAGAUUAAGAACAAAGGUUUCGUAGUUUGUAAGAUCAAGAAGAAGGAAAAUCCCGGUAAUAAGGAAAAAGGAAAAACAGUAGUUAAUGAUGAGAAUAUGAGAGACGUAGAAGAAUUUAUCAAUUCUGCUCUACAAGAAGACAACUAUGGAAUGUGGAAAGAUGAUGAUGAUCAGAAGAUUAUUGAAUGCAUAGAGGGAGACGAAGUUGGAGACCAAUUACUUGCUCUGUUGGGUUCCGAAGACAAUGCCGAAUACAGAGAGUGGGAUGAAGUCGAAGAAGAUCAACUUGCUAAUUUAAUGGGUUCCGCAGACGAUAUUGAUCUGGAUGCUUUAGAAUUUUUCUAA